AUGGCGCAGAACCUGUACGGUCCACGAGUCCGAAUUGGCAACUGGAAUGAGGACGUCUACCUGGAGGAGGAGAUCAUGAAAGACUUCUUAGCAAAGAGGGAUAAGGGACAACUCCUCAUACAGAGAAACAGAAGACUAAAAGAGAAUCUUUUGAGACCGAUGCAGCUUUCCGUAUCUGAAGACGGAUACAUUCACUACGGUGACAAAGUGAUGCUUGUGAGUCCCGAUCAUCCUGAGACAGAGGCUGAUUUGUUUCUGCGUGGGGACCUCAGCCUGUGUAUGACUCCAGAUGAGAUUAAAGCCCAUCUGAGCAAUGAAUUAGAGGUUCCCUGUGGCCUAAGCGCAGCUCAAAUCAAGAUCCCAGUUGGCAGAAACACUUUUACUAUUUUGUGUGCAGCUGGAGAGGUCAUCGGUCAAGUCCUUAGAUACGGGCAGAACUUCCGCCUCGGGAUAACAGGAGGAUUUGACGACAGAAUGUUAUAUUUAUCAAGUGACCACAGGACCCUUCUGAAGUCAUCCAAGAGGUCCUGGCUCCAGGAGGUGUCCCUGACGCAUGAGGAUUCCUACCUGAACUGCUGGCAGGCUGCCUUCCCCAAUCCCCAGCUUCGCCUGGAGUACGAGGGCUCCCCCGUCCCGGCAAACACAAAGAUUCUUAUCACUCACUGCCACACGAAUCGCGGGCUGGUGGCCCACCGGCAUCUUUUCCUAAGAACCUAUUUUGGAAAGGAAGCAGAGGUCGCUGCUCACACCUAUCUGGAUUCACACAGAGUUGAAAAGCCAAAGAACCACUGGAUGUUGGUGACUGGAGCUCCCAGGAAGGACUUGUCCACCAUGUUGGACCUGCCCAAGCCUCCGGCAGAGGACACCCGAGCCCUGGAGCAAGCGAGAGAGCAGUUUCGCAUCUGCAAAUUCAACCAACCGCCCAACGUGUAG